UCAGGUUUUUCUAACAUUACAAUCAAGCAGGAAGAAGAAGAAGAAGAAGACAGGCCAGGGGACCAGGGAUCUGAUGGAAGUGUAAGCAUGGCUAGCAGCCACUCAGUUCCAAAACGUGAGUUUGUUCACCAUAUGGAACAGGGGGAGUUGUCAUCAGUACCAGAUUCUCAGGAGUUGGAGAGAGUGGAAAUCUCAGAUGGCAAAUCAGACCAGCAGAGUAGGAAAUGUUUUGCUCAGAUUUCAUCUCUUACAAAUCAUCAGACGGUCCACAGAGAUAAACCAUACAAAUGCCUGGAGUGUGGAAAAUCUUUCGUUUACAGUUCAGUUUUUGUGAACCACCAGAGAAUCCACACGGGAGAGAAACCCUACAAAUGCCAAGAGUGUUGGAAAUGUUUUGCUCAGAAUUCACAACUUGUGAGACAUCAGGCGGUUCACACAGGAGAGAAGCCAUUCAAAUGCCUGGAGUGUGGAAAAUGUCUUGCUUACAGGUCAGAUCUUGUGAGGCACCAGAGAGUGCACACGAGUGAGAAACCCUACAAAUGCCAGGAGUGUGGAAAAGGCUUUGCCCAGGUUUCCAACCUCGUGAUGCAUGAGAGAAUCCACACUGGGGAGAAACCGUACAGAUGCCAGCAGUGUGGGAAAUGCUUUUCUUCCAGUUCACCUCUCCUAAACCAUCAGAGAGUCCAUACAGGAGAGAAACCAUACAAAUGUCAGUUGUGUGGGAAAUCUUUCCCUUGGAAUUCAAACCUUGUGAAGCAUCAGACAGUCCACACAGGAGAGAAACCAUAUAAGUGCCAGGAGUGUGGGAAAUGUUUUUCUUACACCUCAGAUCUUGUGAGCCACCAAAGAGUCCACACAGGAGAAAAACCCUACAAAUGCCAUGAGUGCGGAAAGUGCUUUGGUUCCACUUCAGUCCUUGUGAUUCAUCAGAGGGUUCACACAGGAGAGAAACCAUACAAAUGUCAGGAGUGUGAGAAAUGUUUUGCUCAGAAUGCACAGCUUGUGAGACACAAGAAAGUGCACACAGGAGAGAAACCAUAUAAAUGCGAGCAGUGUGGAAAGCAGUUUGCUCAGAACUCACACCUUAUGAAGCAUCAGGCUGUCCACAUAAGGGAAGAACCUUUAUAAAUGCUAGGAGUGUAGGAAAUUAUUUAAUUCCAGUGAAGUCCCUGUGAAAUACCAGAGAUGCCCCUAUGCUAGUAUUAUGGAACCUCUUAAACCAUCUGGGAGAUGACACAGGAAACUAUCCAGUGAAAUGUCAAACAUGUGGAGAAAUCUUUUGUUUAGAGAGACAACCUGGCAAAGCCAAAUUGUUCAGGCCAAAUCUGAAGGAUGCCAGAACAGCACCUACAGCUGAUCGGUAGAUGAAACGGGAAAUUUUCUGUCUUGCAGCUUUAAUACCAUUUCUGUUCAUCCCUGAAUAGUCUUGCUUCCGAUUGCCACAAACAUCAUAUCUGUUUAAUAACUUUACAAAUAUUUUUCUAUUGUUUAUAAUAUCAUUGAUGCUGUUCCGGAUAUAUUUUGCUGACAGUACAUAUUGAAUAUUUUGUAUAACAUCA